UGUUAGUUUGCAAAAUUUCAUUCCUAGAGAAUAAUUAAUAAUAAAAAAGCCUGAUAGAUAGGUAUUCAAGUAAAAAGUAUACAUUUUUGUAUUGUUCCUUUAAUUUUAUAUUCAAAUAGGUAUUUAGAAACCGCUUUAAUCACAAUAAAUAAUUCAAAAUGAGUUCAAUUGGAACUGGUUAUGAUUUAUCAGCAUCUCAGUUUUCGCCUGAUGGUCGAGUAUUUCAAGUUGAAUAUGCUUUCAAAGCAGUUGAAAAUAGCGGAACUGCCAUAGCUUUACGUGGUUCUGACGGUGUCGUUUUUGCCGUUGAGAAGUUGGUCACGUCAAAACUUCAUGAAGAUUGUACAGGAAAAAGAUUGUUCAGUGUGGAAAGUCAUAUUGGAAUGGCUGUUGGGGGAUUGACUGCUGAUGCCAGUGCAAUAUUAGAUGUCGCACGUGAGGAAGCGAGAUCAUAUCGUCAGAAUUACAGUAUGCCCAUUUCAUUGAAAUAUUUAAAUGAACGAGUAUCCAUGUACAUACAUGCCCAUACAUUAUACAGUGCUAUUAGGCCAUUUGGAUGUGCUGUUAUUAUUGGCUCUUAUGAUCCUAAGGACGGUCCUCAAAUGUAUAUGAUUGAUCCAGCUGGAGUAUCAUUUGGAUAUUUUGGAUGUGCUAUUGGUAAAGCUAAACAAACGGCCAAAACUGAAAUAGAAAAGUUGAAUAUGAAGACAAUGACAUGUAAAGAAUUGAUUAAAGAAGCUGCUAAGAUAAUUUACAUGGUGCAUGAUGAGUUAAAAGAUAAACAGUUUGAACUUGAACUUAGCUGGGUUGGUAGCCAUACUAAUGGAAAACAUGAAGAAGUUUCAAAAGAAGUAUUUGAUGAUGCAUUGAAAUAUGCUAAGGCAUCUCUGGAUGAUGAUUCUGGUUCAGAUGGAGAGUAAACUAUUGUUAAUGAUUUAAGGAAAAUUGACUGUUUGUCAAAUUAACGGUACAUAAGUUUAAAAAUAUUUUUUUUUUUAUUUAAUAAAAAACAACAUUUUUGAA